GACACGAUGGCAGAGAGCUAUGACGAGUUCCUGAACCAGCUCACCCGCGCGGCACUGGAUGACGUAGAAAAAGUUUGGUCUAUUUACAUCUGGCUUGGUAGUAUGACGUCAGAACUGGUCACCAAUCAAGGAUCCACCAGCACGCCAAUGGGCUACCUCAGAUUGGUCAACGGCGGCAAAGGCGACAUGACAUCAUUCUUCACCCUUCUUUGUCGGCACUGCGGUAUACCAUGUGUGAUGCUACAUGGAGUGACCAGGAUGGAAUCAGCCGGUCAGAUAGACGCGACCAAUGUCGAUGAUGUGAAAGACAAAUGGGCAGCGGUGUUUCUACAGGGCUACUGGAGGUUUAUUCACGUCACAAGGGCACGGGAUCCCAGUGUCAAGGUGAAGAACCACUUCUUCCUAACGGAACCAGACGAGUUUAUCUUUACGUGUUUACCGGAUAUUCCCGAAUGGCAGUUGCUCCCGAAACCGUUAACCGCCGCCGAAUUUCUAAACCAACCAUUUUGUUCGCCGGAAAUGCUCAGUAAUGGUAUCAGGAUUGUGAACCCUAAAACGGGCCGAAUCCGCAGUAAAUCUGGCAAAAUAUUCAUAGAGAUAUCAUCCCCACGAACAAUAGGGCAAAACCUUGCAGUGAGCUUCGUUUUAAAGGGACUGAAGGUGACAGAGGUUGAGUCGUGUGUGGAUGGGUUCGCGGGGGUCAAAAGUAAUAGCGGCCGAGACAUUUAUAACCGUGACGAAGAGUUAGAAGAAGAAGUCGGUCCAUCGUUUACGACAGAGUUCCCUCCCCUAUUGGACCGUUACGUGUAUCAAACCACCAAAAACAACCAUGUAUUUUUUGACAUCGUCCUUCCAGUUCCCGGUAUCUACCAGUUUGAUGUUCGCGGGGACCUCCUAGACAAUGUGGACGAUUUUGCGGACAUGCCUGUGAUGUGUCAGUUCAAGCUGAUAUCUGGGAAUGCUCCAUUUCCCGGACAACUCGACCCACUUCCCAUCGCGCCCUCCUUGGGUUGGGGACCUACGCCUUACCUUUCAAAGCUGGGAAUGAAAACUAUUAGUCACAAAGGAGGUCAUAUCUAUAUGACACCGGAAGAUGUCUCCACUAUAAAGUUCCAAACUUUAGACGAUUAUUCAUUCAAAGUAGAACUCCAUCACGACCUUGUCACUAGGGAUCACCUUGAGGAUCACGUGAACCACGACGUUGUGGACGGCGUGCUGUCUGUAAAUGUGUCUGCUCCCGAGGAAGGACAAUAUGCCUUACUUGUAUAUGCUAAGAAAGAGGACGGCUCAUAUGAGGAUUACGAGAAUGUGUGUAACUAUCUAGUGCUCUGUAGCAGACAGGCGUCCACUGAGACCGAGAGAUACCCUAAGCGCGUGAUGAGGGAGCGACUGGAACAGUACACAGAAUCAGGAACACAUGCCGAACUGGGGGCCGCCCUAGAGGAUUUCCUGCUUCACAAUGUCGAGGACAGGGGCGAAGUGGACCGGGCCAACCAGAAACUUCACUACUUCAAACUCAGGAAAGCAUUAUUAGACACGCUAAAGCGACGUAACCUGUUCGUCCUGAAGGAGAGUAUCCUACAAGCGAGAAACUCCAAAUUUGAGGCGGAACUACAACCAGAAAUACAGCGGGCAGAGGACUAUCUCUGCCGACUUCAGAGGCUGGCCGGGUACCUUCAUCCUAUAGACAAACUGGUGCCUAAGGUCAUUUUUGAGAUACGCCGAUACAGGAACCCCAAACCUGUCAUACAGGACGUACUCACAGCCGUCUACCUGAUGUUCGAGGAGCCGAUAGAGUACCUAGAGCAAUGGGGGUAUAUCCAAGUCCUAUUGGCCCAGAGCGGUAAAGACAGUCUACAGAAGAAAAUUGCAAAUUUUGACCCAGACGACGUCAGUCUGGAGAGUGUGAAGGACGCAGAAGACGUCCUAAAACCAUACGAUCUCCGUGCAGUAAGGGAGGCUAGCCCAGGGGCUGCGGCCCUGUACGUCUGGGUACAAAACAUCUGUAAGGAAAAGAGAAACCCUACUCCACGAGACUCAGUUACAAAGGACAGUAAUAACACCAGGAAGAGUCUCGAUACCUUCCGAAAAGCCAUCAUUCCGAUGGAGAAUUCUCAUUUGAAGCGUAUGAGACGAGAACAUCUACCCAAUGUGGUAGGAAGGCGGGCGUAAUGACGUUAUGAGAGAUUUGGACAGCGCUGAUCACACACCUGAUAUGAUUAUAACAACGUGUACAUGACCAGUGUCCAGUUUGAAAUUGACAUCGUAUAUAUUCUUUCGCGAUUCAGACAUAUUUACAAAGAUGAAAGACCCGAAAAAAAUAUUGCAUCAUUUUCUCUCAUCGUUACUUAAAUUUUUUCGUACAUAAUUUUGUAAAUUAAUCCAUUUAUAAUUAUCUUCAUCUAUACCAGCGAUGCAUUAACGGCUGUGAACCGGAAUUCCUCAAAACUGAUUAUUUUACAUAACAUCUACUAGAAAUAUUAAUAACAAGUUUUGUAUAAAACAAGUUUCAUUGUGAUGUGUAUCAUGAGCCAUACCGAUAUCACUAUAGGUAAUAGUGCUGCUUAAUAAGUCAAUGGAUAGAAAUAUAUACAGUAUAUAGUUGUUGUCUUCUUUACAAGACCAUGCCAUCUAUUUCUUUCUGCUUCACACGUUUACAUACGCCACAUACAUUUCAAUGCCAACUAGCGCUUUCUAUGAGAAGGUUACGUCUUCUACUUGGAUAGAUGUAAUGUUACUAUGAAGUCAAUAGAAAAAGGCGCCUGUGCUUUAAUGCGCUUCGUUUAUAUUCAAAGGCAUUCGUUAAAUAAUCUUAUAGAAAUAUAAGGGACAUGAAAUCUUCUUGUAUAAGACAAAAGGAACCUGAUAUUACGUUGUGAUAGACUAUUCUACCUGUAAAUUAAAUAGCUUAUGUAUAUAGAAC